UGCUGAAGUUAGAUUGCCCGAUAGAACAAAAAUUUCAAGUAUUGCAGUGUGUAGUGUGUACUGUCAAAUUGUAGGUAGCAGUGUCAAAUAAUAUUUCAAUCAUACAGAAUUAUUCCACAAUCAUUUUACGAAACUUAAAAAUACUUUUUUGUCAAAAAUGGAACGUACAAACGGAAGCACGGAUAAUCUGGUGAUUUUGGCCUAUAGCGGCGGACUGGACACUUCCUGUAUACUGGUGUGGCUAAUUGAACAAGGGUACGAAGUUAUUGCAUUUCUGGCUGAUAUUGGACAGGAAGAGAACUUUGAUGCUGCCCGAACGAAAGCGCUAAAACUUGGAGCAAAAAAGGUGAUUGUCGAAGACGUGAAAAAGGAUUUUGUGGAGAGUUACAUUUGGCCAUGGCUGCAGUCCAGCGCACUAUAUGAAGGCCGUUACAUGCUGGGCACAUCGUUAGCGCGACCGUGCAUUUCCGCUAAACUGGUCGAAAUCGCCAUCGCGGAGAACGCCAGCUACUUCGCACACGGUGCCACCGGUAAAGGCAAUGAUCAAGUCCGCUUCGAACUCUGCUGUUACGCUUUGCAUCCAAAACUGAAGGUUAUUGCUCCCUGGAGGCAGAAAGAAUUUUAUAGCCGCUUCCGCGGUCGGCAGGAUUUGAUGGCGUACGCAGCGGAGCGCGGCAUCCCCGUUCCCGUGUCUCCCAAGCAGCCAUGGAGUAUGGACGCCAAUCUGAUGCACAUCAGCUACGAAGCCGGUGUCCUGGAGGAUCCGGCCCAGCCUCCACCGCCUGACCUGUGCCAGAUGACGGUUAAUCCAGAAAACGCACCGGAUAAGCCGGAUAGGCUGACGAUAUCGUUCCGUAAUGGAAUUCCCGUGGCUGUGGUCGCGGAGGAUACAAACGUUACAUACACGGGUUCAUUGGAACUGUUUCAGUUCUUGAACCAAAUUGGAGGUCAACAUGGGAUCGGGCGUAUUGAUGUCGUGGAAAAUCGGUUUAUCGGGAUGAAAUCCCGAGGCGUUUAUGAAACUCCUGGCGCAACAAUUUUAUUCCUGGCACACCAGGAUCUAGAACUGCUGACAAUGGACCGAGAAGUACGCUAUUUGAAACAACAGCUUGCCGAACAGUUUGUCCGAAUGAUAUACAAUGGAUUCUGGUAUUCUCCUGAAUCUCGCUAUGUGCAAGAGUGCAUUGCUGCAAGUCAGAAAAGUGUGUGCGGAUGGGUAAAGGUAAACCUGUAUAAAGGUCACGUGCAGAUUCUUGCUCGCCAUUCCGAUGUCCCCAUUUACAACAAGGAUUUAGUGAGCAUGGACGUGCAGGGUAACUACGAGCCCGCGGAUGCUGAUGGGUUCAUUAAAAUAAACGCCCUUCGACUGAAAGAAUCCGCUAGAGCUGGAACUGGUCAUCGCUAACCCCGCGUAGCCAGAGUUAAUGAUUAAAUAUGCGACACUUGCCGUUUCUGAGUAAUUAUAAUGUGCUGAAUCUAAUAGACGGAAUUCGGAAAAACUGCAUUGCCGAUAACCUCUAGCUACAAAAAGUAUAAACAGGCGUGUCGACAUUUGGGAGUUGUUAGUAAUAAUAAACCUCCUCUUGGUUUUCGGUUUGAAAGUCAUAAAGCUGUGACCUGUCUAUCCAAAGGUC